CGGGCUGACAUGGAGCUCCCAAUGGAAAUCUUGUCUGGAGUCAUCGAGGUCCCCCGCCAACGAGACCCCCCUCGGGAAGAUGGACUCUCCCAUAGUCACCCAGUUGUUCCGACAACUGUUUCGACGCCAUCCGGCUUGCCAGACGCGACGGAACCUGACAACGCUGACAAUAGCACUCCGAGAUGUGCGCCGACGACGACUCCAAGAGCAGCAGCUCCGAUACCUGCAACAACACCAACAACACCAACAACACCAUCAACACCGCUCUUAUGUGACCCGUGGGCGCGGCGGGUCGGGUGCAGGGACUCCACAGGCAGAAGCCAACUGGCAACAGCGGACUGAUGUGUUUCAACAUGACAUGUCGGAUGAGUUCGAGAAGUAUCCCAUGGUAACUGCCUUGGACCUACGCCGGCGCAAGGAGAGGCCGCGCAGAGUCAAGAUGUUGAUGCGGGACUUCAUAGAAGACAGUCUCUACAACCCAAAUUACGGCUACUUCUCGAAGCAAGUCGUCAUCUUCACCCCCGGCGAACCCUUCGACUUCCCUUCGUUAUACGAUGAACUUGAUUUCCACUCAAUCCUAUCUCGUCGGUAUGUCGAGUUUGAGGACUCCCUGGACGCCGUGUCUCCAAGCGAUACCCGCCAGCUGUGGUACACGCCCACCGAGCUCUUCCGCCCCUACUACGGAGAGUCAAUCGCUCGCUACCUCAUCGCCAACUACAAGCUCACCACCUACCCUUACCACGACCUAAUCAUCUACGAGAUGGGCGCCGGUCGCGGCACCCUCAUGCUCAACAUUCUCGACCACAUCCGCGACGUCGACCCCGCCGUGUACAACCGCACGAAGUACAAGAUCAUCGAGAUCAGUACCCAGCUCGCCACGCUCCAAAACUCUCAGCUGAUGCAGUCCUUUGCCGCGCGGGGCCACACGGACAAGGUGGAGAUUAUCAACCAGUCCAUCUUCGACUGGACGAACCCCGUCCCCUCGCCCUGCUUCUUCCUCGCUUUCGAAGUCUUCGACAACUUCGCCCAUGACGUCCUCCGCUACGACAUGGAGACCCAGAAACCGCUCCAGGGUAUGGUGAUGAUCGACGAGAACGGCGACUUCUAUGAGUUCUACACCCCCCACCUGGAUCCAGUCGCAGCCCGCUACCUCCGUGUCCGGGACGCGGCCACAGGGGGGCGGUACAAGGUGCCAUACCCAUCCACACGCAUGGGCCGCUGGUUCGCGGCGCAGAAGCCGCUGGCGGCCAACCUCAGCCCGCCCGAGUACAUACCCACGCGGCUGAUGCAGUUCUUUGAUGUGCUGGGGCGGUACUUCCCCGCCCAUCGCCUGCUGACGAGCGACUUCCACUCGUUGCCGGACGCGACCAAGGGGCUGAACGCCCCGAUCGUGCAGACCCGGUUCCAGCGACGGCCCAUACCCGUCUCUACACCAUUGGUCCAUCAGGGCUACUUCGACAUCAUGUUCCCCACCAACUUUUCCACCGCCGAGGCCACCUACCAGGCCAUCACGGGCAAGCUGACCCGCGUGCUCACCCAUGAGGAGUUCAUGCGCAGGUGGGCGUACCUCGAGGAUACCGAGACGCAGAGCGGCGAGAAUCCGAUCCUGACCUGGUACAAGAAUGCUAGUGUGAUGUUUACUGUAUAA